CUUGUCUUCUUAGAUAUUAGAUUCUCUUUCUCACAAAAAUUUGUCUUUGGGGAGAUGAUGAGAACUGUGUUUUUUUUUCUACCCCUGACUUUCCUCUUCUUCACCUUAUCAGAUGCCAAUAGAAUCCUUCCACUGCCUGAGCCUCUCAUAUCCUUCAAGGUCAAUGCUACCAAGAAUGUGGGGAGCUGCUCUUACACCGUUUCCAUAAGGACAAGCUGUUCUUCAACUUCCUAUACACGAGAUCAGAUUAGUCUUGCAUUUGGUGAUGCUUAUGGAAAUCAGGUGUAUGCACCAAGGCUGGAUGAUCCAUACUCAAGGACAUUUGAGAGGUGUUCAACUGAUACAUUUCAAAUAAAGGGUCCCUGCACAUACCAAGUUUGUUAUCUGUACCUCUACAGGAGUGGCUAUGAUGGUUGGAAACCAGAAAGUGUGAGUGUCUAUGGCUAUUAUACCAAGUCUGUCACAUUUUAUUACAACACUUUUAUUCCUAAUGGGAUUUGGUAUGGCUUUAAUCUUUGUAAUGGGGGGGCUUCUGCAUCCGCAUGAACAAUGUAGGAAAUGGGGUUCUAGCUGAAGUGAAAAUCAGUUUUUGGAUCUGCUGUUUGAUUUGUUGUAACCUUUUUCAGGGAUUGGAUAAAUAAAAUUCUUGUUAAUGACUCCUUUUUGUCCAAAAAAGGAGGCUAAAUUCUAUAUAAGCCAUGUACAGAGCUAAUUGACAUUCAUGUAGAAAGAGGUGAAUGACAUUAUUGCUUCAAGUGCUUACAGCCUGUCUGUGGACAAAAAUGGACGUCUUUUUAGACUGAAAAAGGUGAUGAAUUGAAUGUCUAUCCGUUUUAUGACUGGACAUCUAGAAAUUCAGUGAAUAAAACAACAUGUACGACACAGUGACAGUUCUCCAUGUAUCCAAAUCAACUCUGAUAAUGUCAAAUGCGCGGUGAAGAGGAGGUCUGGAACUAUGCUCACUUUCCGUUUCAUACAUUUGGGCAUAAAUUUAAACUAAAUGGCCUCAAUUAAACGUUUUUACUUGAGUGCAUAUAUCAUUCACUAUUGGUGUUCAGAGGGUGAUUGAUCAUAGAUGAAACUAAUGGAAAAACGUAAUGUUUUUGUUCUCAAAACAGUACCAUAGUGGUUAAAUUUUGAAAUUUGGAUAUGAACAUCUCAGUUUGAAUGAUGAAAUGUCUUCAUAAUUACCCUCAAGGACCCUUCCUCCAUAGUCAAGUACGGUGAGAUAGUGAGCCCAAUUUAUUUUCCUCAUUUUAUAAUAUUAUCUCAUCUCUCCACAAAGACACAAUAGGAUGGGUGAGGUAAAGGACGUACGAAGAAGAAGAUGAAAAGG